CCUGUGCCCGUGCCCAAUUGGAGGCAGCAGGGAGUGAAGCAGCAUCUGUAUGAGGCGAGAGAAAGAACCUGCAUGGAAUGGAGGAGCUCUAGAGCAGCACUGUCGCUGUCGUAAAGACUCCCACCGCCUCCACCACCGCUACCACUCUGGAUUGUGUGUUAAUGGAAGACACUCAGAGCAGCUCUGUAAUGCCUGAGGGACCAGCUGUGUGGAUCCAGUGCCACCUUUGAUAUGAUGCUGAGAGCAGGAGGGGCAGCCACCUCUCUCGGACUGCUGCUGCUGUUGCUGCCGCUGCUGUGCUGCUGCCACAUGUGCCACUCACUGCGGAUUCCAAAACUCUCCUCCUUUGCAAAAGCAGAGGACAAGCUGUUCAAAUCCCUCUUUGUAAACUACCAGAAAUGGGUCCGUCCAGUGGAAUACCUUAACCAGACGAUCUGUGUGAAGUUUGGACUGGCCAUCUCCCAGUUAGUUGAUGUGGAUGAGAAAAACCAGCGAAUGACAACCAAUGUGUGGAUGAAACAGGAGUGGCUUGACAGGAAACUCAGAUGGAACCCUGAUGAAUAUCUGGGCAUCACAACUAUCCGAGUCCCAUCUAACAGGAUCUGGCUCCCUGACGUGGUACUGUAUGAUAAUUCAGAUGGGCGUUUUGAGGGUACUGUCACCAAGGCAGUUGUUAAGUAUGAUGGAACCAUAUCAUGGACACCACCAGCCAAUUACAAGUCAGCUUGCACCAUUGAUGUCACCUUCUUCCCUUUUGAUCUCCAGAACUGCUCAAUGAAGUUUGGCUCCUGGACAUAUGAUGGCUCUCAGGUGGACAUAAUUCUGGAGGACUUCCAUGUGGACAAGCAGGACUAUUUUGACAACGGUGAAUGGGAGAUAGUGAAGGCCACAGGCAGCCGUGGUCUAAGAACAGACGGGAGCUCUUCCUAUCCCACCAUCACCUACUUCUUCAUCAUUCGCCGGUUGCCUCUUUUCUACACCCUCUUCCUCAUCAUCCCCUGCAUUGGCCUGUCCUUCCUCACCAUCCUUGUCUUCUAUCUGCCCUCCAACGGCGGCGAGAAGAUCUCCCUCUGCACCUCAGUUCUGGUGUCGCUCACAGUUUUCCUCCUGGUCAUUGAGGAGAUCAUUCCUUCGUCUUCGAAGGCCAUCCCUCUCAUCGGGGAGUACCUGGUCUUCACUAUGAUCUUCGUCACGCUCUCCAUCAUCAUCACCGUCUUCGCCAUCAACAUCCACCAUCGCUCCUCUUCUACCCAUCACGGCAUGGCACCCUGGGUGAGGAGGAUCUUCCUGCAUCGACUGCCUAAGCUGCUGUGCAUGCGCAGCCACGUGGACCGCUACGACCCAGCUGGAGUAGCCAGAGCAGGAGGAGCAGUAGGACAUGGUGUGACGGAGGACUCAGCACCUGAACUGACACCUCUGCUCUACACCAGGCAUAACCUACAAGCAGCAUUGGAUUCUAUUCGCUACAUAAACAUGCAUGUGGUUAAAGAAAAUGAGGUCAGAGAGGUGGUUCAAGAUUGGAAAUUUGUAGCCCAGGUCUUAGAUCGAGUGUUUCUUUGGGCCUUCCUUCUGGUGUCGACCCUGGGCACUGCGCUCCUCUUCAUCCCAGUCAUUUACAAAUGGGCCAACAUCAUUGUCCCUAACCAUGCUGGAAGUACCCUCUAAGAGCCACAGUUCAACUUACAACAAAUGGAGGCAAAGCACAUUAACAGCUCAUUAUGGGUCCCAUUGUGAGAUUUGAAAGACUGAGAUAGUGUGAUUACCACUCAGAUACGGUCCUGCUCUGCUUAUCCAGUCAUUCUGUAAGCCACAGCUGUGCCAGAGAUCCAGCUGCAGAUUUGGGGACUUGAUUGCUGAGUGUAUCUCACAGACACGUGUUUUUUUUGUUUGUUUUAGAGAUAUUUUGAAUUCUGUAUUUCUGAGUAAAGUAAAGAUAAAUGAAAAGACUCAAUUGAUGUAUUACGAAGAAGAAAAAUCUACCAUUGUCCACAUCUCACACAUCAAUAAAUUUCAAUACAUUUCACCUACUAAACUUGCUGGCAUCAUAGCGUUGAGAUGUAUCUUUAGGUCUUAUAGAGAUUCGUAGAUACAAAAUAGCAAGACAACGUGUCUUAACAGGAUCAUUUCGAAAAAAUGUCCCAGUGAUGCCUCCUUUGUUUUUGCAGGUUGCAGGACACAGUGAUGAAUAUCGAUUCAGUUUAAUUCAUUUCAAUAUAACGUUAUUUAUCUCUUUAAUUAUAUGGCAGCUUGCCACCCAGAUUGGCAGAUACACACACUAGUUAGACACACACAAUAGUUAGCAGAAGACAUUUUACAUACUACUCUGUGUGCAUAUCCGCUAUAUACUGUAUAACAUUUGGAAAAAUGACCACUUUAUCUGUGGGGCAUAGUUCAAAUAAAAGUGAUGGUUUAACUUUGCUUUUCUGUAAUUCCAGUUUCACAAAUGUGAUCAAGAGCAAGAACAAGGAAGUGAGAAUAGAACAACAUAUUCCUUCCUUAAAAUAAAAGACGUGCAUUUUAAAGUUA